UUCAAAACAAAUACAUUGCGACAAAUUUUCUGUCAACAGGUUUUACCAAAUUUAGACGUUAUGAAUCCAUUAUUGAGCCCUGUGAUUCGGUUCAAGUAAAAUAAAAUUAAUCCAAGGGCUUGCACAUUCUUUCCUCUACCUGACGAUGUCGUCCAGCCAGGUCACUCCAGAGUCUCAAGUUCUGAAGCCACAGACCAGGUCAGCUGGAAGAUCUUCAAGACGUUACACACCUUAUCAUAAGACACCCAAGUCGCGACCUCUCCGUGUGACCCCGAGGGGUGUCCCUAGGACAGCAGCUGGAGAGGAAGAUUCAGCUGCAGCUGGUACAACUCCUGUUUCAGGGACUGCCAGAAGACGAGGUGAAGCUUCAACCACAACUGGUACAGUUCCUCAAAUUAAAGCGGAUCUGAAUGCCAUCCUCAACAAGACAUGGCGAGUGUAUAGAGCUUCACCUCUCUAUGAUUUCUCUUCUACACCAGCAAAGUUGAAGAAGUAUUCAAGAUUCCUUUCCGCACAUAUGGAAGCAGAGUCCAUGAAAGGAUUUGCUGUUGGAGUUGAGGCAGACAUUGCCAAGAAUGCCACUAUCAGUGUGUUCAAAGGUCUUCAGGUGAACCAGGCAGAUCCUGAAUCUCUUCAUAUCACAGUCAAAGGCAAACCAAAGCCGGGCAAAAAAGAGUUGCCUCUUGUUUUGGAAGCAUUCCUACUGUCUGUGAGUAUAGACCGUGAUGCUAGGAGAUUCGUGAAGGAGGAGUUCACAUACUAUCCUAUCUUAUUGGUAAAAGGUGCUAAAUCUCUAACGGGAUAUCUGUGUGCAUUCUUGGAGACAGAGUUCGACUGCUACAUUAAAGAAAUGGAGUUCUCAUCUAUGAACCUCGGAUGGAUGAUAGCCAUGUGGUCUGGAUUCGUGCCGGACAGAACAAGAAAACCUGUGCAGCUUGUAUUCAAAGUGCCAGACGUCUGCGAAGGCUUGAGUCAGAUUUCAGUUACUAUUGAUGCCCAAGACUGCAAGGACCUGUGGGAUUGUAUCUGUGAAGAAAAUGCUGAAGAGUUCCAUGAAGAGCAGGUCGUUGCUUUUAUGAAGAGUCUGGAAAGUCAUUUUUAUCAACAUUUUAAAAUCAAUUUAGCUAAACUCACUCUAUCACAGACUGCUACUGCAAUCGCUUUGGCUGGAACAGAGGGGAAAGUAAAGAUCUUUUCGAUGACACACCUGAAGACAGUGUUACAAUUCCUCACACAGUUGUCAUGGGAACGAUUUAUGGAUGCUGUCAUGAAGAGCUACUGAACAGUUUACAUCAAGUGCCAUGUUACUCUAUGUUGGAAGGAUUUCUCUCACCCAUCUGAUUCAGCCGAUGGGCCAUGGAUUUACGUACCAUAUCACAAAUGGAAGUUAUGGACAUUGUGAAACGGACUGAAUCAAGUCUGUGUAUGAUUGAUAGUUUUCUUCUACCAUUCAUGAUGCACAAAUCAUUUGGAUGUAUGUUUUGUGAACAGUUCAAUAUCAUUCACAACAUGACUUUUUACUGGGCACUAUCAUGUUUUGUCCUGUCUUAUUUUCAAGCCGAAGUCACGGUUAUGACAAGGACAUGCAACACAUGAACGAUGACAUGUGACAAUGUGAUCCCAUGAAAGCCAGCCUUACUGGUUUCAAAUCCAAGUGGUACCAACGAUUGAGGUUUACUUGUUAGUUUAGUUGUGAGAAGACUGGUGCCUUAUUAAAUGUCUUAUUAAAUGUCUUUUUAAAUUUUUAAGUUACCUUGAACAUGGCAACUAUAACUGAAAAGUAUUUUAGUAUUGACAGAGGUUUUUUUAAAAUUCAGCCCUUAUGAGAAUAUUUCUGUACAUGUAUGCACUGCAGUGAACCAAAAAUAUAUAAGGCAAUUGUAUAUUAUAGACUGUAACAUAGGAUGUAAUUAGACUUUUAUUGCAAUUAUGGUUCAAAUAUGUAAAUAAAAAUCUAUGAUCACAAAUCUUUCACUU